UUUGAAUAUCAAAGUAAACAAUUUUUUGCAGUUUUAUCAUUGGCAAAUGGCCUUAGGUUUUGAUGGAUCGGGAACAAAUUACAAGCAAGACAGCACAGCUUAGCCCGACAAAAGAGUAGGGAGAAAUUAGACUAUUUUGUAUACGGAGUACAACGGAAAAGAUUAAAAAAUAGACUGCUCUAUACGGAGGCAUUCACCCAGAAAGUACGGGUCAUCCGGCAAUUUUUGGCACUCGUUUAUGGACAAAUCGCACCGAACGUCGGAGAAUACGCCGGAGCAGGAGGCACGUUGGAGCACGUGGGAGGAACUGCUGUUAGCGUGUGCCGUCAACCGCCACGGCACCAAAAAUUGGGACUGCGUCGCCGUCGAGCUCCAGAAACGGAGUUCCGUUCCGAUGAUGACGCUAUCGCCUGAAAGCUGUAAACUGAAAUACUUUCAUCUCACGCGCCGUUUUUAUUCCGGCGGAGUUAACGGUGUCGGUGAUGAGCAUAGUGAACGAACUGAGACGGCUGCACCUUUGCUAGAGGAGUUGCGGAAGGUCCGAGUCGCUGAAUUGAAACGCGAAGUUGAGCGCUAUGACCUCUCCAUCCUGUCUCUGCAAUCGAAGGUGAGGACGCUGACGGAAGAGAGAGAUCGGAGUCUCCCAGAGGGCGAGAGCUCAGAUCUGGCGAUUAGUGGGGAGAAUCGAGACAUUCGCAGUGAGAAUAAAAACGAAGGUCACGCUGUGAUCACACCGGAAUCGAACGCGGGAGAACCACUGACCGGCGAGAAGGACCAACAGUCGGUGAAUGAAUCGAAUUCAACGGACCGAAAAGACGUAAACGCGCGAAUUGGCGAAAAGGACGAUCGGAAACACUCUGUAGCGGUACGAACGGGAAAUGGAGAAGAUGAACCGCUCAAAGAAGAAGAUGGUAAACCGGGUCGAGUGGGUUCAUGUAAUUGCAGCUCCAACAGCGUGGAGGAGAAUCCGGUUCUGGAGGCGGUGAAAGCAGAACCGGUGACGGACUCGGCGGACUUGUUCGAAUCGGUAGCCGAAUCAAAAGGCAGGGAGGAGAGUACGAAAGAGAACUCUGAUGUGCAGAGCUCAGUUAGCAAAUCGAGGAAUACAGAUAAUUCCGAUAGAGCAAAUUCGCGUAGUCGCAGCUGCCAUGAGCGUGGGCACACGAAUGGCUCUCCCACCGCAAAAGCGAUGCCUGCUGCAUACCAACCGUUGAUCAAAUUUCUCCAAAAGAUUGAAAGCCACAGGCUCGGUUAUUUGUUCACGCGCCAGCUCGAGAGCCAGCAAACAGAAGAUUACAAGCUUUUAAUCAGACAACAUAUUGAUCUUGGAACAAUUCGAACAUGGCUUGAAGAAGGACGUUACAUAGAUUGCAAAGCCAAAUUCUUUCGUGAUUUACUGGUGCUAGUAAACAACGCUAUCAUUUUCUUCAGGAAGAAGAAUACAUCUGAAUUCACUGGGGCUAUAGAGCUUCGACAGCUCAUCUCCAUGGAGAUGUCAAGAGCCAAGCUCUAUUCCCCGCCCUUAAAGCAGAAGUCUAUUAUAAAGCUAAAACCAUUCCCCAAGGAAGAAAACCCUAAGCACUCCUCCAAACAGGAUCCAAAAUCAUUGGUUGUUUGCCAUAAGCGCAGUUCUAUUGUUGAUCCAAAAUCAUCAAGAUCUUCCUCUGGUGUUGAUAAAAAAUAUCAAAUGGUAGGAAGACCAGACGAUAGACUGAUUAUCACUAAGAAGAGAGCGCGAGAAACGAGAACCGAGAAGAAUUUCGCUAGCACCAACCCUAGCAAAAUAUCAGCUGCAGUUGUUCCAGAAAAGUCCCAAAGAAAGCGGGAGAAUAAACCGCCCAAAAGUGAGAAUAAUAACGAUGAUAACAAAAUUAUCCAAUUUAACACUGACUUGAAGAAACGAGGUGCAGCAAAUUUCCUAAAUAGAAUGAAGCAGAGCUCUUCUUCAAACAGCGGAUCACUCAUACAUGCACUGAAGGGCACCCCACUCAGUGCUGAUGAUAGCAAGGCAAUACAAAAGAGAAGCCUUCCCAAGAAGGUCUCUGAUAGGCCACCCAAGAGAGCUGCAGCUCCUACUCCUCAAUUGAGUAAACCAAAUCUCGAGUUGGAUCGAUCUGAGACAUUGGCUACAAAACAAGCAAAGAAAAGAUCAAAGAGGUGAGAUCAUACAUAGGAAUUGCCUGCCAAAUAUCUUUCUUUAUGGAUUAUUUACCUCAGGGACUGAGCUUGGAGGGGUAGCUACCCUUCACUUGAUUUUGUGAGACUAUAAUCUCUGUGCUGUUUUUUUGAAAAAUCUUUAAUGAAUUUGAAAAUUCACCCUGAAACUGGAAAAAUUUAAUUCACCUCCUGUAGUGCAAAAUGCUUUCUCCGUCCCUAAUUUAUAUACGGAGUAGUAAUUAUUCCCUAAGGAACAAUGGAUUGGAAAGAAAAGCGGAAACCCAACUUCAGAUUGGUAUGUAGUGUUUGAUUAAAUGUAUGUAUCAACUAUAGGCCAGAAUGGUGAUAUUCGAGUUUCAGGGAUCCAUGUGGUCAAUUCAUUAUUACCAUUUAAGAUUGUGUCUCAAGUUGCAUAAUCUUCAGAAAGGAAUUGAAGUCAUUUGAUGUAGACGGUCUACACUUUUUUUAUGCACAACCACUCGUUGAGCAUUGCUAUUCCAAUGCUUUGACAUGUUAUUUUUGGAGCUUUGGAUCAAAUUCAGUAAGACACUUGUUGAAGAUUUGAAUGUUGAAUUUAUACAGUUGUUGCCGUGCUGAUCUGGUUUGCUUCAAUGGAGU